AUGAGAAUUUGUAGCUCAAAAUUUGCCAUCAUAAUCUGCCUAACAUUGAUUUUUCCACUCCCUACCUUGUCCCAGAAAACUGCGGUCAAUGUUUGGCCUAAACCAAGGCUGGUUUCAUGGCCAAAACCACUAGCCCGAUUCCUUUCUUCAAACUUCACCAUUGAUUCUCCUUACCAUCAACACCUUGCAACGGCCGUCACCCGCUACCUUGGCCUCGUCCGGACCGAGCACUACCAUCCCCUCAUCCCACCUUCCGUCAAUGUUUCCGCCUCGGUCCCUCCUUUGCAAACUCUUUCAAUUGAUAUAACCGAUCUCGUUGCGCCCCUCCAGCACGGGGUCAUUGAGACCUACUCCCUCUCCAUUUCCGAAGUAGGAGAAACAGCCUAUUUGACAGCCGAGACGGCAUGGGGCGCAAUGAGGGGUUUGGAGACGUUUUCGCAGUUGGUAUGGGGCAAUCCUUUGGCUAUCCCCGUCGGCUUGAAUAUAUGGGAUGCUCCCUUGUUUGCACACAGGGGACUCAUGUUGGAUACAUCAAGGAAUUAUUAUGAGGUGGAAGACAUAUUAAGGACUAUUGAGGCAAUGAGUGCUAACAAGCUUAAUGUAUUCCAUUGGCAUGUUACCGAUUCGCAAUCGUUUCCUCUAAUGGUGCCUUCGGAGCCGGAGCUCGCUGCCAAGGGAUCCUAUGGUCCUAACAUGAUAUAUUCUCCCUCGGAUGUGGUUAAGAUUGUUCAGUUUGGCUUGGAACAUGGGGUCAGGAUCCUACCAGAGAUUGACUCACCUGGGCAUACAGGAUCAUGGGCAGAAGCCUAUCCGGAAAUAGUUGCCUGUGCAAACAUGUUCUGGUUGCCGGGAAAUGACAUGGCCGACCGACUAGCAGACGAGCCGGGAACCGGCCAGCUAAACCCCUUGAACCAGAAAACCUACAAAGUUCUUGAGAACGUAAUUCGCGAUGUAACCAAUUUGUUCCCCGAAACAUUGUACCAUGGUGGAGCGGAUGAGAUAGUUCCUGGAUGCUGGAAAGCUGAUCCAACCAUUCAAUCUUUCCUUUCAAAUGGUGGAACCCUCAGCCAGCUCCUUGAAAAAUUUAUCAACUCUACUUUGCCUUACAUUAUAUCCCUCAAUCGUACCGUGGUCUAUUGGGAGGAUGUUCUAUUAGAUGAUGUUGUGAAAGUGGACUCCUCAUUUCUUCCAAGGGAGCAUACCAUCUUACAAACAUGGAACAACGGCUCGAACAACACCAAAAAGAUUGUCCAAGCCGGGUAUCAGACGAUCGUAUCGUCUUCGGAAUUCUAUUUUUUGGACUGUGGCCACGGAGAUUUUCUGGGGAAUGAUAGCCUAUAUGAUCCCCAAACAACAGGUCGCGACCCGAAAGAUGGAAAGUCUUGGUGUGAUCCAUUUAAAGCAUGGCAAACUAUUUAUAACUAUGACAUUGCCUUUGGUUUGAGUGAAGAAGAAGCCAGGUUGGUGCUAGGUGGAGAGGUGGCAUUGUGGUCGGAACAAACCGAUCCUAUGGUUUUGGACGGAAGGUUAUGGCCAAGGACAUCGGCAAUGGCAGAGACAUUGUGGUCGGGGAACCGCGAUGAGGCCGGGAGAAAGAGGUCUGCCGAGGCAACUGAGAGGUUGAACGAGUGGAGGUAUAGGAUGGUAAGCAGAGGGGUGAAGGCUGAGCCAAUCCAACCACUGUGGUGCAUUAGGAAUCCAGGAAUGUGUAACGCAUCCAAGCCAAUGUGAUUUUUCAUGCAAGGGGAAAAAGGAAAAUGAUUCUGUACUUCACUAGGUUUACAUUGAGAACGCCUCUCCUUUUACAACUUGAAUUGAUGUUUCAAUUGAUUAGUAAAAGAAAUGCCUUACGCAUUUGCAUU